AUGAACUGGACCGAGAAGCCACUUCGAGCCCUCACUCGUCCGCCAGGCCCAAACCCAGGCCCCGACCCAGAAGGCAGCGAGCUGCCACCCCCUCCGGACGGAGGACUCCAGGCAUGGACGCAAGUCCUCUGUAUGCACUUUGUCUUCUUCAACUCUUGGGGUGUCAGCAACAGCUUCUCCGUCUCUCUCCUUUUCUUCGCCGGGGCGCUCGUCGGCCGCGCCACCGACGCAGGCUACUUCCGUCUGAUCUUCUCGCUGGGGGUUUUUCUGCAGCUGCUGGGCCUAUUCAUGCUCUCCCUCUCCAAGACCUACUGGCAGAUCUUCCUGAUGCAGGCCGUCUGCAUGGGUCUGGGCAAUGGCCUGACUUUCAGCCCGGGAGUCUCGAUCAUGUCCUCAUACUUUGUCGAUAAACGCGCCUUCGGUGUGGGGGUAGCCGCGGCCGGGGCCGCGACAGGUGGCCUGAUCUACCCCGUGCUGGUGAACCAGCGACUGUGCACGCAGCAGAUCGGAUUCGGGUGGACGAUCCGCGCCGCGGGGCUGCUGAUGCUAGUCACGCAGAUGCCCGGGGUGGUGCUCUUCAAGCCCCGUCUUCCGCCGCGACGAAGCGGUCCUCUAAUCGAAUGGGGCGCCUUAACCGAGCCGCCCUUCCUCUUCUUUACCGUGAGCAUGUUCCUCAACUUCUGGGGCCUCUACUUCGCCUUCUUCUACCUCGGGACCUUUGCCCGCGAUCGUCUCGGGGUGACACACACGCAGAAUCUGAUCCUGGUGUUGAAUGGCGUGGGCAUUAUCGGACGCAUCGGGCCUAGUCUCGCCGGGGACCGGCUGGGCAAACUCAACGUCUUGAUCCCGCUCAGUGUCGCCUCUGCGAUCAGCGGGAUGAUUCUAGGUCUUGUUGGGUUUGCGACGUUGACAGGGCCGGUGCUGGAGGGGGCAUUGAUCUCGCGGGACGGGGGGCGGUAUACAGGGGCGCAGAUCUUUGCGGGCAUUUGUAUUAUACUUGGUUCGGGGGCUGCAUUGGCUGCGAGAGUAGCUAAGGUCGGUUGGGAGUGA